AUGGCUGAUUACGGCGAGAAGCACGAGUAUGAGGAAGACUCGGUGGUCAACCCCCACCACCACCAGUCGGGCGGUCUAACAGAGAACGAGCAGUUUGGUGAAGUCAAGCGUGACCUCAAGUCUAGACAUUUGCAGAUGAUUGCCAUCGGAGGUACCAUCGGAACCGGUAUCUUUUUGUCCUCAGGAGGCUCUGUCGCUGGUGCCGGUCCUCUCGGCGCCCUGAUCUCCUACACCAUUGUCGGAACGAUGGUCUUCUUUAUCGUCACGAGUCUCGGCGAGAUGGCAGCAUACCUGCCCUUACCAGGAGCAUUCACGACAUUCGGCGCUCGUUUUGUUGACCCAGCUUUGGGUUUCGGUCUCGGUAUUGGCUACGCUUUCCAAUGGAUCAUUACCGUCACCAUCGAGGUCACAGCAGCAGGGAUGAUUCUUCAGUACUGGUGGCCCAACCUCCAGAUGUGGAUUCCGGCGCUAGUCUUUAUUGUCAUCCUUGUCGGUAUCACGCUCCUGGGUGUCAAGGCCUUUGGAGAGCUCGAGUACUGGUUCUCUAUGAUCAAGGUCCUCACCUGUAUUGUCUUCAUCAUCGUUGGAAUCCUGGUCGAUGUCGGCGCUGUGGGCGAUGGAUUCAUUGGUGGCAAGAACUGGCAUAUCGAAGGAGCACCCAUUGCUGGAGAGACUGCCCGCGACAAGACCGUCAAUAUCUUUUCUACUUGCGUCUGGGCAUUCUUCAGUUUCGGAGGCACAGAGCUGGUCGGUAUCACCGCUGGAGAGUCUGCCAACCCAGGAAAGGCUGUACCCAGGGCUAUCCGUCAUACCUUCUGGCGUAUCUUGCUCUUCUACAUCCUCACGAUUAUGGUCAUCGGAUUGGUCCUCCCCUACACGGAUGAAAACUUGUUGAACUCUACUUUUGCCAGUGUCAGCGAGGCCGCUCCCAUAGCCCCCUUUACUAUCAUCUUCAAGAUGGCCAAUCUUCCUGGAGCCGAUCACGCUAUUAACGGCGUCUUGUUGACCGCCGUCUUGUCGGCCGGACAGUCGGCCUUUUAUGCCUCCACCCGUACUUUGAUGGCCAUGGGACGUGAGGGCAAGAUGCCCGCAAUCUUUGGACGUGUCAACAGUCGCGGUGUUCCCCUGUACGCCUUGGCCGUUGUGACCUUGGCCGCCUCGAUCGCCUUUAUCGCCGAUGUUGUCGGAUCCGGUGUUGUCUUCACUUGGCUGGUCAACCUCACUGGAAUGUCAGCUCUGUUGACCUGGUUGUCAAUCUCGAUCAUUCAUCUCCGCUUCCGCGCCGCCUUCAAGGCUCAGGGCCGCUCGAUCAAGGACCUCCCCUACCUCGCCCCCUUCUUCCCUUACAGCUGUUACCUCUCGAUUCUGCUGGCCUUGAUGAUCCUCAUCAUGCAAGGAUACCAAGCCGUCACCGCCGAUCCCUUUAGCGCCGAGGGUGUCGUUGCCGUCUUUGUCGGCGCUCCCGUCUUUUCCCUCUCGAUCAUCAUUUGGAAGAUCUAUCACAAGACCAAGAUUGUCCCCCUUCUUGAAGUCGAUCUUGACACUGGUCGCCCUACCAUUAUCCAGGGCACCUCUCACCAUGUCGAGGUGAAGGAUCAGGACGAGGAAAAGUUACCCGUCUGGAAGAAGAUUCUUCGCUUUGUUGCCUAA